UCCAACCUGUCGAGCUGUAUUUGUCAACCUGGAUUUUGGCGUGAGCAGAAGACAGGGUAGACAGACUAAAUCAUUCUUUGUUUUUAAUUUCCUGACGUGGAUACCAUGAGGACUCUUUCUCUGCUUCUCACAAUUUUUCUGUGUUGCUGCUCGGUCAGAGCGGCUUCUGUCAAAAUUUCCCCGGAGUCAGAUUCAACAAAUAAUAAGGAAAUUGAUCGUCAUGAUAGUAAAAACAUGAUGCCUAAAUCAGGUAAUCAACAUAAUGCAGAGGAGAAAUCUGGCCAAGAACAACAAAACGAAAAUAAGGAAAAGACAGCAGGACCCACAGGAGAAAUUCCACAAAAUCUUGAAAGUGACAAGGACAAAACCAUGGUUCUUAAUGAUAAGAAUGUGCACAGUGAUGUACAAAAUGACGAAACAGGAGGCAAACCCCAUUUGGACAAUGCGGGAAACAAACUUCAGGGAGACAAAGCAGGAGACAAACUCCAGGUCGAGAAAGCAGGAGUCAGUGCCCAGGAAGACAAAGAAGGACACAAACUCCAGGUUGAGAACGCAGGAGUCAGUGCCCAGGGAGACAAAGAAGGACACAAACUCCAGGUUGAGAACGCAGGAGUCAGUGCCCAGGGAGACAAAGAAGGACACAAACUCCAGGUUGAGAAUGCAGGAGUCAGUGCCCAGGGAGACACAGAAGGACACAAACUCCAGGUUGAGAACGCAGGAGUCAGUGCCCAGGGAGACACAGAAGGACACAAACUCCAGGUUGAGAAUGCAGGAGUCAGUGCCCAGGGAGACACAGAAGGACACAAACUCCAGGUUGAGAACGCAGGAGUCAGUGCCCAGGGAGACACAGAAGGACACAAACUCCAGGUUGAGAACACAGGAGUCAGUGCCCAGGGAGACACAGAAGGACACAAACUCCAGGUUGAGAACGCAGGAGUCAGUGCCCAGGGAGACAAAGAAGGACACAAACUCCAGGUUGAGAACGCAGGAGUCAGUGCCCAGGGAGACAAAGAAGGAAACAAACCGCAGGUCGAGAACACAGGAGUCAGUGCCCAGGAAGACAAAGAAGGAAACAAACCCCAUGUUGAGAACGCAGGAGUCAGUGCCCAGGAAGACAAAGAAGGAAACAAACCCCAUGUUGAGAACACAGGAGUCAGUGCCCAGGAAGACAAAGAAGGAAACAAACCCCAGGUGGAUAAAGGAGACAAGGAAAAUGAAGAAGGGGGCAAUGCCAAAGAGGAUAAACCAAAUGGAGAUAAAGCUGGGAACAAAGAAACAGUAUUGAAAAGUCCGUAUGAUCCAGCUGAUAUUAAAGAUGAGGCAGAAAGCAGUCAUUUCUUCGCCUACCUUGUCUGCACAGCGGUGCUGGUGGCAGUGCUUUACAUCACUUACCACAACAAGCGCAAGAUAAUUGCCUUUGUUUUAGAAGGAAAGAAGUCAAGAUCCACUCGUCGACCAAAAUCAACAGACUACCAAAAACUGGAACAGCAUAUGUGAUCUCAUGUCAUUAUGGUGAAGCCAUUGCAUCGAGCAGCUGAAUCUCACUGUGGGUGGUGUCGGAGAAAGGCGAGUGGAUAUCGACAUUUGACAUUUUAUUGGCGUACUCUGCGUUGAUUCCACCUUGUGUUGAAU